GCGACUGGAAAGCCACGUUGACGAAAUCGCAGAAGUUGGAGUGCUUGCAGACGGAUUCGAUAGAAGAAAAGAUUUCUUUUUUAAAUCAGUUUACCUUCUCCCACUUGCAAGCACCUACAUAACAAUAUGUCGUCGCCUCCAAAGGCGAAAGGCGAAAUGAAAGGUGGACAUCUCCCUGCAGUUAAGGCAGGUGGCAUGAGGAUAGUCCAGAAGCACCAGGGGGGCGGCGCCACUGAGCCGGUCGUGGACAAAGACAAGGAGAAGAAAGAGGAGAACGAGGAGGCUGAGAGCACCGGCCCACCCAAGCCAACUGUAGUUGUCUCUGGAGCCGUGACGAAGGGUGACAGGGACUUCACACCCGCCGCCGCCCAGGUGGCCCACCAGAAACCCACACCCUGCGUGGAGAAGCUGCCUCCGCAGCACCACAUCAACCAGCACAUCCACCAGCCCCGCAAGUGAAGACACACGGGGCGGGGGGGGAGGGAGCGACCAAUCAGCCGCCAGCACUCAGGUUACCGCGGGGAGAGACCGCCCACAUUCCACACGACCAACCAGUUCCGCUGCAUCCACCAGGGAGGCACGCACCGGCCACCAAUCGGAUCACGCGCCUAAGACUUGGUCCUCCUUUCCAUAUUUCCUGUUCGUGUUCGGUUCUAAUGUGUUAGUUUCAGGUAUAGGCAGUAGGACGUAAUGUGCCAAAUACUCGAAAGUAAAAUAGCCUACGA